CGAAAUGCUAAUGGAGGUCUUUGGUACUACAACAAUGUCAACAAUCUGACAGCAUAUCAGAAUCUCUCGUACGCUGAUGGAAUGUACUCGUAUCCGACUUUCGCGAUCCUGAGCGCAGGUAACCGAAGUCAAUAUUCCGACCUCUUUGGUCCUGCAGCCGUAUCCCAGCAACUCGUAAUCCUCGACGCCAUAUGCAACGAUGGAACAGGUCUGCUAGUACAUGGCUACGAUGCCUUGAAAGUUCACCACUGGGCGAACCCAGACACGGGGGCUAGUCCUUCUGUCUGGGGUCGCUCGUUGGCGUGGUACACACUUGGUGUAGUCGAAGCUUUUGACACACUGCAAUCAACGCCUCAGACCUCAGACACACUAGCGGACAAGAUCUCAUACACUAAUAUGAGGCUCCUCCUCAAAUCCCUUAUCAAAGCUCAAAUCAUCGCUCUCGAACGUGCCACAGCGAUUAAUGGCAAGUACGGCAUCUGGCAAGUCGUCGACCUCCCGGGCGCAUCCAUCAAUAACACCACGAACUUCAUCGAGACAAGUGCAAGUUUGAUGACUGCCUACUCUUUGCUCAAGUCCGUGCGUCUGAAACUCAUCUCAUCUGCGCACCUUCGCAAUAGAGCCAUCAAAGCAGGUCUAGGACUUUGGGAAACAAUCUUCCAGACUCAAGUCACGACAAACUCAAAUGGGACUCUGAGCCUUGGUGGCACUAGUUCUAUCGCUACUUUGAGUGUGCAGAAUGUGGAUGCGGAGUACUACUUCACAAGACCGACUAUCGAGAACAGUCUCAUCGGGACUAGUGCCUUCAUAUUGGCCAGUCUUGAAGUUGAGAAUUUGUGUAGCUGA